AGUCACGAGUGUAGAUGAAAGCGUUGGGUAAUUCUAACUCUCCACUCCAUUUCGAAAUCAGCCACCUGUAACGCCGAGAUCCCCAAAACCCUAAAAACCCUAACACUGGGAUUCUUGAAAAUGCGAUUUCUUAGCCGUUUGUUACUCCACAGCCCGCUCAAAUCCACCGCCGCCGCCACUCACCUCCCCUCUACUUUCCGGCUCUUCUCAUCCGCCGGCGGCGGCGGCGGCGACGACUUUUGGAACGACGCGACGCCGUCAAACUGGACUAUGGGACUCACCAAAGAGCACUUCGACGGUGAGGCCGUCGGCCGUAAAAUCGAUACUCCGGAAGAACCUCCUUCGCAGCCUUCGCAGCCGCAGCAAACUCCGCCGCGGCCGCAACAAUCUCCAUCGCAGCCGCGACCGAAGGCCGGCCCCACCGCGACGACGCAGUUCGCGAAUGCGCAAUGGACGGAGAAGGAGAUUGAUCUGAUGAGGGAUAUCGAAACGGCGAAUAAGAAAGGGAAGGCUUUUGUGGACGGCUGGGGAGAGAGGUUAAAGGAAAUGAGUGUGCUGCUGAAGCAAGUGAGGGAGCCAGGUGCGCGAGGCUCGUAUUUGAAGGACUCCGAGAAGGCGGAGAUGUAUAAGCUGCAUAAGGAGAAUCCGGAGGUGUAUACAGUGGAGAAAUUGGCUAAGGAUUAUCGGAUUAUGAGGCAACGUGUGCACGCGAUUUUGUGGCUCAAGCAGGAUGAGGAGGAAAUGGAGAAGAAACUUGGUUAUCCGUUGGAUGAUUCCGUGGAGUUGCUGCUUGAUACUUGUCCUGAGUUUUUCUCUUCUAGCGACAGAGAAUUUCAUGUUGCUUCCCUUCCUUACAAGCCAGAUUUCAAGAUCAUGCCUGAGGGAUGGGAUGGCACUACUAGGGAUCCAGAUGAGGUUCACUACGAGAUUUCCAUGAAGGAGGAUGAAAUGCUAUAUCAGGAGUUUGUUCAAAGAAUGAACUUCAACAAAAUGAAGAUGGCUAAGCAAAUCAAAUGCCACAAAUACAGUCGAAGACGUCCGAAUGAUGGGUGGAACUUCACUAUUGAAAAGAUGGGGCCUCGUGGAAAGCGUGGAAAUGGCGGUGGCUGGAAGUUUGUUAGUCUAGCAGAUGGGUCAAGUCGACCUCUCAAUGAAUUGGAGAAGAUGUUCGUUAAGAGGGAGACUCCUCGCAGGCGGAGAAAACUCAUUGAAAAGGAUUAAAAUGGUACCUAGUUCACAGAUAUUGAUGGAACUCUCCUCCACCUAGCCACCUGGUUUUUUCAAGACAGCAACAUCUGCCUCUUGUGAUUUAUUCUCAGUUUCUUUUGUUUAGAUUUUGUAGAAUGUCCAUUGGUCAGUGAAGGGCUCGGGGACCUGGAAGUUGCAACUGGGAUUUUGAAGGAGGACCUGGAAGUUGCAAUCUAUCUAUAAUAUUGACCACUCUUUAUCUGUUGUUUUUGAAUGUAAAUUUAAACAAUUAACUCAACUAUUCAGUACUGUGUAAACUUAUAUUUGUUUCUUUUGCUAAUAAUCGAAAUGAUUAUUUCGGUUCAGCAGUAUAACUGAAUAAACAUUAGUUUGGUA